AUGAGAACUUAUGAGUACUCAAUCCCACCAUUGCCUAGUGAAAAGUUUUGGCCGAAGGUUGACUAUCCAAUGGAUCCACCUCCAAUAAAAAAGGCACCUGGUAGGCCUAAGAAAAACAGAAAGAGGGACCCUCAUGAGGAUCCCAAGAAACCAAGCAAACUGACUAAGCAUGGGGUCGUAAUGACAUGUGGGAUUUGUGGAGAAAGAGGUCACAACAAGAGAAAAUGCACAGUUAAAGAUUCUCAAAAUGCGGCAGAAAUCGGAAGGAAAAAAGCAAGUAAAAGGGGAAGGACAACUAAAAUAGGAAGGCCAAUGUUGUAUGUGUUCACGACUGCACGUAUAUGUUACACCGACAACAACAUAUCUCCAAGUUCCCAUGAGAAUGUUGAGGUUCAAAAGCUUUUAAAUAGUUUAAACAAACCUGCGGUUAAAUCCAUUAAGAGCCCUGAUGGUGAUAUAAUCGAUUGUGUCAAAAUCUCUCAUCAACCCGCUUUUGAUCAUCCUUUACUCAAAAAUCACACUAUUAAGAUGAGGCCAAGUUAUCAUCCAAACCGGAUAAACGUAGAUGGUAUAAAAGCGAUGAAUGCGUCAACACAUGGACAUGCAUCGUCAUUAGUUACCCAAUUGUGGCAUUCAAAUGGAAAAUGCCCAAACGGGACUAUCCCCAUUAGAAGAACAAAGAAAGAGGAUGUGCUUAGAGCCAGUUCUGUCAGCAGUUAUGGUAAGAAGACAAGUUCUAUUGCUAAAUCAAGCUUCGUUGAUGUUGAACUUGAUGUGCACUCACGACAUGAGUAUGCAGUUGCAUCUACUAGCAAAGGACAGUUCUAUGGAACAAAAGCAUCUUUGAAUGUUUGGAACCCAUAUGUUCAGGAGAGCAAUGAAUUUAGUUUGGCUCAAACGUGGGUAGUAGGAGGUACUUAUGAUACGGGUCUCAAUACCAUUGAAGCUGGGUGGCAGGUGUGCCAAGUGCUAUAUGGAGAUACUAACACGAGAUUUUUCAUCUAUUGGACUAGUGAUGCAUAUCAAAAAACAGGAUGCUACAAUCUUUGCUCCGGGUUUAUUCAAACCAACAAUAAGUAUGCAAUUGGAGGCAGUUUUUCUCCUACUUCACAAAUGGAUGGUACUCAAUAUGAAUUCACAAUACUUAUAUGGAAGGACCCAAGGGGUGGGGACUGGUGGAUGCAACUUAAUGGAGAACUAAUAGGAUAUUGGCCAUCCGUGUUAUUUACACACUUAAGAAGGAGUGCGUCAGAGAUACAAUGGGGUGGAGAGAUAGUGAAUAGAGGCACACACGGGCAACAUACUACUACCCAAAUGGGUAGUGGUCGGUUCUCUCGAGAAUGGUUUGGUAAAGCUAGCUAUAUAAGGAAAAUUGAAACGGUGGAUGCGCACAACACUUUAAGGACUCCGGAUAUAUAUACUGGCUAUCAGCAAAACUGCUAUGAUAUCUUGUCGGAUCUUGAUAAUGGUGGCUGGGGUAGAUACUUUUUCUUUGGUGGACCUGGUCGAAACAAAGAUUGCCAGUGA